AUCUCCACCGUCGUUUUCGUCGCUUCCAGAUGUAAUAAUACUAAACUGCUUAGCCUGCAUAUCCAAGUCCUACUACCCUAUACUCUCCCUAGUCUCCAAGACCUUUCGCCCUCUCAUCUUAUCUAGAAAGCUCAACCACGCACGGUCUUACCACAAAACACAAGAAAAGUUAUUUUAUAUAUGUUUGCAGCUUCCUGACCGUCCUCUUCCCUCAUGGUUCACCCUCUGGAUAAAACCUUAUCAAACCGAGGAAGAGAAUAUGAAGAAGAAGAAGAAAGCUACCUUGGUACAAGUACCCUCUUCCUAUGCUCGUAAAGAACCAUUGUUAGUCCGUACGGUUGGUUCAGAUACCUAUGCAUUAAGACAACGCUAUCCCCCGUCCCCGUUCAUGUUAGUCCGCAAUAAAGAGAGACAUAUAUGGCGUAACACACCUAACAUGACUGUCGCUCGAGUGAAUCCCGCUGCAUGCGUACUCCACGGGAAGAUAUACGUAAUGGGAGGGUGCAAUGCAAAUAAAUCCGCGAAAAGCUGGGGUGAGGUUUUCGAUACAGAGACUCGAACAUGGGAGCCUUUACCUGACCCCGGAGACGAGCUCCGGUUCUCUUCAGUGAUUAGAAAAAUAAAGAUUAUCAGAGGGAAGCUCCUCGUUAGGAGCAACGACGAGAAAGACUCUGUCUAUGAUCCGAAAACACGUAAGUGGAAAGCUACGGCAAAAGCACGCGAGGGUGACAGUAGGUGUAUGUUAGGUAAUAUAAAUUACUCUUGUCGUAGGGAAUGUUGCAUGUGGUAUGACAAAGAGGGUAACGAGUGGAAACAUGUCAAGGGGUUGUCUUCAUUCAAUAGGAGUUGUCGUCGUGGUUUGAUUAAAACAGUUUAAUACUGUGGGAAACUUUUAAUCUUGUGGGACAAGUUUGCGAAUUGUGAAGAAGAAAAAACUAUUUGUUGUGCUUUGGUUGCGCUUGAAAAGCGCCAAAAUGGUCAAGUUUGGGGGAAGGUUGAGUGGUCUAAAUGUUGUGCUUACGGUUCCCAGUUCAUUCGUUUUCUUGCGUUCUUCCGUGAUACGGAUUUGAUCAAUUGUAUCUACUUUUUUUCU